CGACCAAUCAGCUCACAGACCCAACUUGUUUAUUGCCUUCUUCCGUGUUGUUUUCAGUGUCCGAGGAGUUUUUGUUCUAAGAAGGACCUUCUCGGCAUGUCGGCCGCCUCACGGGCAGGAUAAAUUAGCUUUAUUUAUUUUCAUUGUGGCAGUUUGUAGACGUGUUCGACGUAAAAGGCACAGAAGAAUAUGUUGACAGAUGGAGUCCUCACGCGGAGUUCCUUUGGAUCGGCCACUCAAGGAAACUUAACUUCCCUGUGCCCUAAUGGGACCAAAUGGGUUUGGGAAGGGCUUGGGGAAUGUGCCCAGGAUGCGAGGGACAUGGCCAGCAUCUACCUAGGCCUCCUGUCCAUCCUCUGCUUCAUGGUGUCCUCCCUUCCACAGUACUACAGCUCAUGUAAAACAGGGAAUAUGGACAGCGCCCUCUCUAUUUGGUUUCUGCUGCUGUGGUUGGGAGGUGACACCUGCAAUCUGGUGGGCUCCUUCUUGGCAGACCAGCUUCCACUUCAGACAUAUACAGCCGUUUAUUACAUCAUAGCUGACCUGUUGAUGCUGGCCAUGUACAUAUACUACAAGAUGAGGAACAGAAUGGUGGAAAGCAGGAGGGUUUUGCAUGUGGUGGGUGUAGCCUGUGUCCUGGGCGUCACCACAAGCCUCGUCCAUCUGCCCGGGUUAUGCACCGAACAGGAAGUAAUUCCUUCUGCGUUCAGAAGUCGCGCCUUGCUCUCAACCUCUGACAUCAAGACUUUUACCCCUAAAGAGAUUAUUGGUUUCACCAUCGGCUCUCUGUCGUCACUGCUAUACCUCUCUUCCAGACUUCCCCAGAUGUACACUAAUUUCAAGAGGAAGUCGACAGAAGGGGUGUCUUACUUCCUGUUUGCGCUGAUCAUCCUGGGAAACACCACGUACGGCCUGAGUGUCCUGCUGAAGAACCCUGAGGUGGAUCAGGGGGAGAGAAGCUACAUGGUCCAUCACUUGCCGUGGCUCAUCGGCAGCCUCGGCACUCUCUCCUUGGAUCUCAUUAUCUCCAUCCAGUUCAUAAUUUACCGCAAAGCUAAGAUUGAGUUGAACGUCAAUCACGGCGAGACAACUCCUUUGAUCGGGAGUUAAACCAAAAAACCGAGACUGUACUAGUGGGACACGAACGGACCCUCACUUCCAAUUAAACCUCAAAAUCUCCAACCAAAUCAGGAUGAAAGAAAAUUGUACAUUUUAGUUGUAUUAUAAAGUUUUAUUUAUUAUGCUCUAAAAA